ACGGGAGAAAAUAGGGAACAUGCCUACAGUCGUGACCUCUGUUCUGACCUUCACUGCGUCCAGAAUCCACAACGGACAGACCAUCUCCUGCUCAGUUAUCUACAGCCAACAAAACGGCAGUGCGUUGUCUACUAACAAAACCCUCCAUGUUUUAUCUCCCCCGCAGAUCCUGCCCUCCUCUGGCUGCAUCAGAGCUGCAGCCCACAUCAACUGCUCCUGUGAGACGGAGGGAAACCCCUCUCCCGCUGUGGAGUGGCAGAUGGACGGGAGACCUGUCAAUGACUCUGACGCCUUCACCAUCAGACAUGAGCCUCUGAACGCCACGGGUCUGGUGAGGAGCUUCAUCACCAUUAAUUCACAGGGGAAGGAUUUGUCCACCCUGGUCUGCCACAGCACCAACUCUGUAGGAUCUGCAAGGCUUCAGUUUUGUGUUCCCCCCCUGGAAACAUCUGUAGAAAAUCAAGGACGAGUGCUGUUGAUUCUCUUAAUUGCCACAUUCGCUGGUUUCUUAGCAGCAGUCACACUAUGUGCUCUACUGUUUAUCAGGGCUCAGAGGAGCCGCCAUAACCCUCCUAAGAGUCACACCACAGGUGGCACCAGUACAGCUGUGGUUAGCCAAGCUGUGACAAGUGGAGAGGGGAGUAAGGUGCAGACCAUGCCUGAGGAGGAGAUCUACAUCAACACCAAGGAGCUGAGAGCGUCACCUCCAUCUUCAGCAGCAACCAUCUCUGAGGCAAGCCGCACCAACCUGCCAAGCUCUGAGCCACACAGUGCAAAAGGCCUCGGUGAAAGCUCGAGUGAUGUGUUGUACUCCACUGUGUUCUGGAAGAGUAAGAAGAACUUGGAGAAGAACAAGGGAGGAGAAUCACACGUCACGCCGCCGUGUGGUGAGUCCUACCUGGAGGAGGAGAGGUGUACGCUUCGCAGUGGCCGACGUAGUGUGAGCAAGAUGGAGCCCCUAUAUGCGCAAAUGAACAGUGAAUAUGCCCAAAUAAACCCGAAAAACAGGAAUAAGAUGCAAAAGUAG